AUGGCUAACAACACCUGUCUGGAUACGGAGCUGCAUACUUGUUUUACGAUAUUCGUAUACGCAUUCCGCCUAGAGACCGCUUUGCUGACCACCCAUUUACUUCUAGAUGCUGCCGAUGCUGAAAGUCCGUUGAAGCCUUCGGAGCUGCAAGUUCUUCGAUCACAAUAUGAGAAGGAAGGGGAACAUGUGGGAGUACAGACCAAAUUCAAUUUUGCAUGGGGCCUGAUCAAAUCCAACACUCGUCACGAUCAACAAGAAGGCGUCCGCCUCCUCUCCGACAUCUUCCGCACAUCCCCCGAACGAAGACGAGAAUGCCUAUAUUACCUAGCAUUAGGAAACUUCAAACUCGGAAACUACGCCGAAGCAAGACGAUACAACGAUUUACUGCUGGAGAAGGAACCGGCCAACCUGCAAGCAAGCAGUCUGAGGAGCCUCAUCGAUGAUAAGGUGGCGAAGGAGGGCUUAGUGGGCGUUGCUAUCUUGAGCGGUGUUGCUAUUGCUGCUGGUGUCGUGGGUGGAAUGAUAUUCAAGGGUCUUGGGAAUAGAAAGAGAUAA